GCUGCUCGUCGAUUUUUCUCUUCCCUUCCCUUUCCUAUUUUUCUCUACCAAACAGGUAUUUCUCCCCCUCCUUUUCUUGAUUAUAGACAGUACAGGAGAUAUCUAGAGAUUUGAUAUCGAUUCUCGAUUAUUCUCUCUCAGUGAAAAAGGAUAGCUCUUCUACUCUUCAAUGGCAAUUUCUCUGUCAGCAUCUACGAUGCCUUCAGUGAAUACGCGAGACUUGAGUAAACUAUCUGCUUUUUCAUCGAAAUCAUCUUCUUUCUCUUCUGUUAAAUUUCCUGUACAGGUUGGCAGACUUAAAAUCGGUAACAAGAGAAUUUCAUCUCCUUCAAGACCUCCAUAUCUUCCUCUUGCGGUUGAGGCAAAGAAACAAACAUUUUCUAACUUCGACGAGUUGCUGGAAAAUUCAGACAAACCAGUCUUAGUUGAUUUCUAUGCAACCUGGUGUGGACCUUGUCAAUUCAUGGUUCCAAUCCUCAGUGAAGUCAGUGCUACUUUGAAAGAUAAGAUCCAGGUGGUGAAGAUUGACACUGAGAAGUACACUGCCAUUGCUGAUAAGUACCAAAUAGAAGCACUUCCUUCUUUCAUAUUAUUUAAGGAUGGGAAGCCCAUAGAUCGCUUUGAGGGUGCUUUGACAGCCAAUCAGCUAAUAGAACGCAUUGAGAAUUCUUUGAAGGUGAAGCACUAGUUGUGGGUGAGCCCUAGAGGCAUGUGUCCUACAUCUCCCCUUUCUCUGGUAACAAAUCUAGAUGGCGGUAGGCCCUUCUAGUUCUGGUGAUUUUAGCUGACAGAAUUUCAUAAUCUGAUGUAACCAAGCAAUUCAAGAACAAAACUUGUGGAAAAAAAGCACAGCAAGAUUGUCUCUUUCUUAGUUUACAUAUUAUUGACAUUGUAUUGAAAGAAACAUACAAAUCAUUACACAGGAUCUAGAGUUUUUUUUCAAUGGUUGCCUAUUCUGUCAAGUGAAGUGAGACUGAAACUUUAUUGGCAAGUGCUACACCUUGUAUUUGCACAAUGUUUGGAUUUGUAGCGAGUUUUGACAA